GUCAUGCUUAAUGGAUACACGAUAUAUACGCAUUACGCAUAUACAACACACAUUAUGCAUGACACACUGAUCAAUAUUUUCUAAAAAAAAAAUCAAUCGAAAUUGAAACUAAGACAGCUGAUCACUAGAAGAAAUUGGUUGUGAUGGAUUGCAAUAGCGAUUGCUAAAUAAAAUGUUUCAUCGAUCGGUUCGUCGCUUUUAUAUCGUCCGAAUCUUUUGUUUUAUCGGCUUCGAACGUGUUCUAUGAAUUUGAUCAAUUUAACGACACGAUAAUUGGAAUUUAAUUGAAUAAAUAAAGGGAAAAAAAACCGUGUCGAUAAGAGAGAGGAAAAACGUUUCUAGUCGAUUAAUCGGGUUUUCGUUUAAAAAAUAAAUAAAAUCGAAUCGGUUCCGUUCAUUACAUAAACCGGAUGAUUUCGUAAGUUUUGUUUUAAGUGAAUCUUUAAACAAACAACAAAAAAGUGAAAUAAAAGAAAGAAAAAAAUAAAUAAAUUUAAUUUAAUUUCGGAAAUGGAGAAAAGGUCACUGUAGAUAAAAAUAUAAGUUGUGUUUGUGGUGUGCUUACUGUAAUGGAUCCACCUUGGGAUCCGAGAAAUGUUACACAUUUUAUACAUCAUUUGGAUGUAUAAUACAAAAGAAAGUGAAAUGAGACACAGCGUUAAAAAAGAAAUUUUUACUUUGUGUGGUAUAGAUCGAACUGUAUAUUGCUAACCAUACCAACGUACGUUGUAGGUACGUGAGAAAGAAAAUAACGAAAAUAUAAUAACAACAAAACGAACGUUAAUUUCAAUGUUACUUACAAUUUUCUGUGUGCCUAUGUGACCGUGACUGAAUUAUUUUUUAUUUUUUGCAUAUAAAUCUAAAGUUAAUUACCAAGAAAAACAGAGAGCAACGAAAAAAAAGACUUCACACAAAUCUGAAUCGUAGAAAUUUUUCAGUUUUUCUUUUCGCAUUUCGUGCUGGAGUGCGUUUUGCAUGUUUGAAAACAAAACAACCAUUCAGACUUCAUUAUCAGACAGAAAGACAAUCAUAAAAAAAAACAAUUCACAAACUGCAUUCAAUGCAAGUCUAUUAUGAAGAUUUUAUUCAUUUUCUUCGUUUCAUUGGGAACGUUUCGGAGUUUUGUGUGCGGCAAAAAUUACAAUAGCCAGUACAAUGAGAUCGUUAAAAAUGCAUCGCUGCCAAAUGUCAUCAAAGAAGAACUGCCAAAAGAGUCGAAAUUUUUCGACGAAUUCAAUGACUUGAUUCCUCAAACUUGCAAGUUUAAAGGUCGCCGCUAUGAAUGCGGUUUAAGCAUAUCAUGUGUACUCGCCGGUGGAAAACCAUUGGAUCUGUGUUCCGGUGGCAUGAUUUGGUCGUGUUGCGUUGACAGAGAAUUACAUCAAGAAUCAAAUCCGACACUUGGCGCCGUGCACAAUGCAAGCGACGUAAUUCACUUAUAUGGAUUCUAUCCGGAGUCAACAAUUUCUUCUAGCAACAGACCGCGUCCCACUUAUCACACACCUCUGUAUACGCCGCAUACAACCGUACCGUAUCCAACGACACGUCCGUCAUGGGAUCAUCACGAAACGAAUCAUAUUUCCAGUCCUUCCUACUAUCCACUGAAGCCGUUGCGUCCAGACACACACUUCGGCUUGAUAGAUGAGAACGGUUACGGACCAUCGGCUGACUCUAUUUACAGCGACAACAAGUAUGGUGGAUUGUAUGGACAGCAGCAGCAACAAAUUGACGACUAUCAACCCGCUGAGGGUUGUGGUGAACUAUACACACGAUCGAACCGUAUUGUCGGUGGCCAUUCGUCCGGUUUUGCCACACAUCCAUGGCAAGCAGCUCUGAUUAAGACUGGUUUCCUGUCAAGAAAGUUGAGCUGCGGCGGAGCACUACUAUCCAAUCGAUUCGUGGUCACGGCCGCGCAUUGCGUGUCCACGUCACCCAAUUCGAAUCUAAAAGUUCGAUUGGGUGAAUGGGAUGUGAGGGACCAGGACGAACGGCUCAAUCACGAAGAGUUCAACAUCGAACGGAAGGAAGUGCAUCCGAACUAUUCACCGACGGAUUUUAAAAAUGAUGUCGCGUUGGUGAAGCUGGAUCGUGCCGUUGUUUUCAAGCAGCACAUCAUACCGGUAUGUCUGCCACCGAAGUCGGCAAAAUUGGUGGGCAAAAUGGCAACGGUGGCUGGAUGGGGUCGAACACGACAUGGCCAAAGUACUGUUCCAUCCAUUUUACAGGAAGUGGACGUUGAAGUAAUUUCGAACGAUCGAUGUCAACGUUGGUUUCGUGCCGCUGGUCGACGUGAAACCAUUCAUGAUGUGUUUUUGUGUGCCGGAUAUAAAGAGGGUGGAAGAGACUCGUGUCAGGGCGAUUCGGGUGGUCCGCUGACACUGACUUUGGAUGGACGAAAGACUUUGAUCGGAUUGGUGUCGUGGGGUAUCGGAUGCGGUCGCGAACAUUUGCCGGGCGUUUACACAAAUAUUCAGAAGUUUGUGCCUUGGAUCGACAAAGUAAUGGGAAAGGAUUUCAAAUGAAACGGUCGUUGAAAACUGGUUUUUGUGAUGUGAGAAUCUCGAUGUGGCUGGGUUUGUAUAUUCGCUGGGUUUUGAUAUUGACGAGUGGGAAAAUGCAAUUGUUCCGUGAUACUUGUGCAUCAAAACUAUAUAUUUUGUAGUGGGCGAUAUUCGCUGUAUUUUGUGUAGGCUAGACGUAAAUUAUGUUUAUUUGUCAUAAAUUUUGCUUUUAAUUUUAUUUAUAAUAACAACCGUCGCUGGAUGGAAUCCCCUAAGAAAAACGAUGAAAAAUAAAAAUAGUUUUGAACAU